AUGACUGGAGCAUUUUUUUGGGGGAGUGGGAGCUGUGUUAACGGAUUGGACGGGGAAGUUUUUAGCAGCGAGAGCAUGGAGGAAGGAGGGUAUUGGGUUAGACGGGUUAUUGUGGAGAGUGAUUCCACUCUCGCUAUUGUUGCUAUCAAUAACUACUCUUGGGAUUUGUUUGAGUUUGGUUUGCUAGUGGAGGAUGUUAGGCAAGUGGCGGAGUUGCUAGUGGAGGAUGGUCUUUCGACACUUAUUGCCAAAAAGGGGCAGUGUGGGGCUCUUAGCGGUAUUCAUAUUUGUGAGGGUGCUCUGAAUGUUCAUCACUUACUCUUUGCUGAUGAUAGUUUUCUAUUCAGAAAAGCUAGUCUUGAUGAUGCAAAUGUUGGUUCAAUAGAGCAAAUUUCUAUGGUCUGGUUUCUUGGUGUCCAAGUGGUGGAGCAACAUGAACGCUACUUGGGGCUUUCUACCUUUGUGGGGAAAAAUAAGAAAAAAAAAACAUUCUCCUACAUCAAGGAAUGGGUUAUGAAUAAGAUAUGUGGGUGGAAAGGAAAAUGUUUGAGUAGUGCGGGGCGUGAGCUUCUUAUUAAAGUGGUUGCUCAGGCCCUUCCAGCUUUUGCUAUGUAUUGUUUCUUACUUCCCAGGACUUUUUGUGAUGAUCUUCACAAGUUGAUGGCUCGGUUCUGGUGGGGCAGUGAUCCGAAUGAUGAUAUGCGUGUCCAGGAGCUUAUUGAUACGGAGUCUUGCCUGCGGAAAUUGGUUGAGUUACAUGCUUUGUUUUUGGAGGAGGAGUGGCUAUCUGGUGGCUAG